AUGCCAGAGAUGUACGCCUUCCAAGCAGGCUCCAAGCCAAUCUCAUCAUUUGCAAACGAUGAAGAAACUACGAAAUUCACGCCCAACGUUCUCCCCUGUCGGAUUCACCACGAUGGCCCGAUCGAGUCUACCAAUCGGUUUUGGAUUCCGGAGACGGACGAGAAGGACGACAAACAAACAGCACACUUCCGCGGACGCAGACUUCGAGGCCGGCGCGUUGCGAUUCCCGAGGGCUAUCAAGGUGUUAUUGCUACGCCGACAGACCGUGUACUACCGGCAUCUCAACAACCAACAAAUGAUACAGUGGAGGAUGGCGAGACUGAAUCAGAGGAGCCGGUCAAGGUUCUCGAGGCGCAGGGCACAUUCGAUGGGCUGAUGGUAUGGGGGCAUGAGAUUCUUCCUGCGGCGGAUGAUACAUUCGUCAAAGGUGUGGAGGAAUGGGUGCGAUUUGCGGAGACGAUGCAUGGGACGCCUGUGUCGGCGAUAGAGGGUAACAAAGCAUAG